AAAAAACGUAGAAGAUUUCACUGGACCUAGAGAAAGAAGCGAUCUGGGAUUCGUCACAUUUGACAUUACUGCAGAUCUGCAGAGUAUAUUUGACUGGAAUGUUAAACAAUUGUUUCUAUAUUUGUCUGCAGAAUAUUCAACGAAAAACAAUGCUCUAAACCAGGUGGUACUUUGGGACAAGAUCAUGUUGAGAGGAGAUAAUCCAAGGCUGUUCUUAAAAGAUAUGAAGUCAAAGUACUUUUUCUUUGAUGAUGGAAAUGGUCUCAAGGGAAACAGGAACAUCACUUUGACUCUCUCCUGGAAUGUUGUACCAAAUGCUGGCAUUCUACCUCUUGUAACAGGAUCGGGACAUGUGUCUGUACCUUUCCCAGAUACCUAUGAAACAACAAAAAGUUAUUAAAUUAUGAUACUGCAUCCUAAGCAAGAUAUUUUUAUACUUGUAUAUUGUGAAUAAAUUUUAUUGUAGUUUCUUUUCACAUCCCCUGCAACCCUUCAGUGAAAGGUACUCAAUUUCCUCAGGUUUAACAGCAUAGGAAGAUGAAAUGAAAGUUCAGAGGGAUUUUUUAAUAACACAUUGAAGCUUGAACUUAAGGGAAAGGUAAAUUGGAGAGUAAUUGUUUUGGAGGGGCAAACUGAGGAUUUUUUUUUUUUUUCCCUUCCUAGCCAUCUGGGUAUAGCUCUCAUUUUCUUUUAAAUAAACAUUUUUAAACCAGAA